GUUAGAUUGUCAACUUAAAUCUAACCUUUGGUCGUAAAAAUUGUUUAGUUUUUUACCUUUUAAUAAACUGAAAUAAAUAUUAUGUUUACAAGUAAUCGGUAAUAAUAAUAAUGGGAGUGUAUUUCCAAAUUGUCUAAUUCUAAACAAGUUAAAAUAAUUGUUAACGCUCAUGAUAAAUUUAUCUGACGUGUCGUAUUCGUUUAGUGUUCAGAAAGGGCGUAUUUUGUAGUGUAUUUUAAUGAAAUUUGUGUCGGUCUCUGAGUUUUUGACAUAACAUACAAUUGUUUAAUACAAUGUCAAAUCUGCUGGACAAUCUUAUAUCAUCUCCUCCAAGUGAUUUGUGUUUCAACUGCAAUGAAUUCACAAAGGAUUCAUUUUCUGUGGAUCAGUUCUUACAAGAACACCGCAAUAUGGCCAAUUUGGAGACAAUGCGUGAUGAUUUGGGAGUUUACCUGAAGACUCUCCGCUCAGCUAUGAUAGAAUUGAUAAAUAAAGACUAUGCUGACUUUGUAAACUUAUCCAGCAAUCUUAUUGGCCUAGAUAAAGCUAUCACUAGUAUACAACUGCCACUUGGUCAACUGAAAGAAGAGUUACUUGUGGUACAAAAUAAUAUUGAAGAUGCCUUAAAUGAAGUCUCUGCUCAGCUUUUAAGGCGAAAAAAGAUCCAAGAAAAGAAACGUAGCCUUAAAAGUUUAAACAGGGUUCACUGUUCCUUGAAGAAACUAAAUUGUUUGAUAACUGAGAUGAGCAGGGAAAAGGAUUUCACUCUGAACUGUCUGCAGCUCGAGAGAGCAGCCAUGGAAUACAAUCAGCUGCAGUUUCAUGUGUCAAGAUGUUCUAGCUACCUAUCAAAAACUGAUAACCAGAAUUUGGAAGAAAUUGGCAGAAACCUUUACAAAUUUCUGGAUACACAGUUUGUUGAAUGUCAAAAUAAGGACAAAGAGGAUCAGUUGUGUAGAAUUCUCGGAAUUUACUUGUCUUUGGGAAUGAGCUCUCAGGCCGAACGGUCUUACCGCAGAGAGAAGGUAUCUCCAGCAAUGAGGACACUGAUACAUGAAGAAGCACUGGCGAGUAAUCCCAGAGGCCUUUCUGGACUGUAUAACUCAUUGAUAGCAUUCAUUGACGAUGAAAUGAAAGUAUUACGUAUAGCUACACAACUUUCAGACAAGCGAUGUAAAAUCAAUGGGUUUGACUUUGUGGUAAAUAGCUACUGGCCAGAGGUGGAAGAACGUCUUGAAUUAAAUUUGACUUCCAUCUAUGCUCCUGGUAACCCCGAUCAUUUCUUCAUGUGCUACAGCGACACCUUACAAUUUCUGAACAAACUAGAGAGUCGGUGCGAUAAAAAACUACUGAGAGAACAUCCCCAGUACCAAAGCUUUAUGAUGAGAUGGAACUUGCCAGUUUACUACCAAAUAAG